CCGUUUUCAGAUGUCCAUUUUUUUUCUUGAAAUAGAUCAGAGACUAGACAGAGGGUAUUUCCACGCUGAGCUGAUAAUUUUGUACGGUGUUUAUCGUAAUAACUCGCACUUACUUCUUCUUCUUCUUCUGGUGCAAUUAGUACAAUCCUCUGGGUAGAGUAUUUUCGGGCUUUAAUUAGAGUCUACCCCCAGAUUUUGAAAGGAUUGGAUCAAACUGCACAACACAGUCAUCAUAGUGCACAGUUAGAAUGGCAGAUUAAUUACAACAGACUACACUAGUCUACAGUGGCAAUUAUUUGUUCAGGCUUCUGCAUUGACGUUUUAAUGCAAGUCUCUCUGUCGUAUCGAGUCUUGAGAAGAGGAUAUGGGAACAUGUCAUUUUUGGUGAUUCUACUGUAAGUCCAUUGCAACUUGUGACACAGGACCAACAAGGAUUCAAAGAACACGCGAAGAGCUAGAGGAACAUAUCCUGACUUCCUGUAUACUCUGCUGAGCCUGAGACUAGCCAUGUAGAUUGUACUGUAGAGUACAUUGCAUUGUAACUUGUCUAUGCUGACAUUGACAAGGAAGGAAACCAACGUGACAUUAAUAAAUAGCAUCCAAUAACUGGAUUCCUGACCCAACUAUGGCGUUUCGAACAAGUUACAGUGACGGUGCACUGAGUGCGGAUGUUCAACGCGAUGCAAACCCUGGUGCCAACUCUCUUAAAUACCGCACUCUACUAAAAGAAAUCGACAAUGGAUUAGGAGUGAGAGAUAUGGAGAAGCUGAAGUACCUGUGCCAAGACUUGGGGGUUGCCCCACGAAAAUUUGAGACUAUGACCCGCGGCAUCUACCUGUUUACAGAGCUAGAAAAGCUGGCUCUGAUCACAGCAGACGACAUUUCGAUGCUGGUCGUUCUGAUGCAGGCAAUCAAUCGCUAUGACCUGGUGAAGAAACUCAAAUCAUGGAGCAGCAAAGAAGGGAAUUUGGCCCACAGGUUGAGUGCAUAUAGGAGACUGAUGUUACGAAUAUCUGACUGUCUGAGUCGAGACGAGAGGGACCAGUUUACUUUUUAUCUCAGUGGUGGAGACUCUCCUCUUCCUGUUGCAGCCAUCGAGGAAUGCAAGUCACUCUUACAGCUCUUUGUCCUGAUGGAGAAGUACACAUUGAUAGGCCCAGGAGAUCUGGAAUACUUCACCAAUAUCAUGCAAUCCAUCGGGAAUAUAGCCAUUGUCAAAGAAAUAGAGAAAUACCUAGCCAUUGAAAGGUCAAUACAUCACGUACAUCACGUACAUCACGCACAACCCUCUUCCAGCCAAAGUAAACAGUUCCACCAAGGUGGUGGAGUGGCAUACAACACUGGCAACCAGAGCAACAUGAGAAGCAACUCUGCACCAACAUUUGAAGGAUACACUCAAAACCCACCAUGGGAUGGUCAAGAUUAUCAAGGGAAACCACCUCCACAACAACAGCAACCCUACAAUUAUCCUCCACAACAAUACCAGCAACCACAGCAACAGGCAACACCAUCAUACAGUCAGCAGAACCCACAGCAGUGGCAGCAUGGACAGCAACCAGUAAUAAAGAAGGAACCUGAGGACAGAACAAGCAGUGCAACCUCCGGUUUGACUGUUGGACCUGAGAGGCCAAAGUGGUACUAUGAGGCUGUUAAAAAAACUGGUGUUGUCUAUGCCGAUAAGUUAUGGGAGAAUGUGGUGCAGGGGAUGAAAGUAAAUGAAGUAAGGAAGAAAAUGCAGGAGAUGAAGAUUGCUGAGCAGAGGAGGGCGGCGGAGAGCAUGCCCUCUGUCAAGACGGAACCGGGUGAUGAUGAAAGGGUAGCAUCGGUCACAAGGGACCUUCGCUUGGGACCGAUAGAGGAUACAACAAGAUCCCCAGAGCAAAGCAGCACACUCACUAACGAGGGACAUAGGAUAGUAGCUGCUCAAACUGCUACUGUUAGACCACAUCCAAAUACAGACGCAGGCCAUAUGCUAGACUUGCCAAAGUACAAGAUGGAUAGGUUGCCCAGAGGAUUGUGUAUUAUCUUCAAUGCAGAGAAUUUUACAAGGAAAAAUCUACAUAAAAGAGAUGGCACUGAAAAGGAUGUUGAGGCAUUGCUGAAUACUUUCCAAAAUCGUCUGAAGUUCAAAAUUCGUGUCGAGCAGGACCCGACUGCAGACAAAUACUUAAAAUGUCUGCAAGAGAUUGCAAGAUCUGACCAUUCUGAAUACGACUGUUUUGUCUGCAUCAUUCUGUCGCAUGGAUGUAAAGGCCAUGUUUAUGGCACUGAUGGAAGAUUAAUGCCCAUCGAUGCCUUGACUGGAUUAUUCAGAGGCGAGUAUGUACCAUCUCUUGUGAACAAACCCAAACUGUUCUUCAUCCAAGCUUGCCAGGGAGAUAAUGCUCAAAGAGCUGUUGACAUCCAGCAAGACGCAACCACUACACUACCCAACGAAUCGGACACCCUCGUCAGUAUGUCCACAGUCUCGGGGUAUGCUUCCAACAGGAGUGUCUCACAGGGCACUUGGUUUAUUUCUUCGUUGUGUAUGGUCAUCAACUCCUACUACAAACAGAAAUUGGAUCUUCUUUCGAUGCUUACCAUUGUUAAUGAUCAGCUCAGUAAGGCAGCAGAUAAAGAAAAGGGGAAGCAGAUUGGGAAUCCUUCCCACACCCUACGCAAACAGAUCUACUUCAACCAGGGACUAGGUGAAUAAAUAUCUGCUUUGGAAGCUUCAAAUAAUAAAAAUAUAAUUUCUGACUUAAUCGUAUCUUGAAAGGAAAGGUCCAUUUUGUGAUAAGACUAGAUGAUCAUGGACAGUGAGUGUGAGUUGUUUUUUCGUGAUGUGUACCAGUCAGAUCUCAUUAAUUGUGUGUUGGGACUGACCUUAACGUCUCCAUCUGAAAGAUAUGACUUGAUUUCAAACACAGGUCAGUCACAGUUGGUUUGCAGGUGAAGAACAAGAGCUGACUACUUGACCAAUUCAUGAUUUUAACGUCACCAUCCGAAAGCGGUUCUUAGAUUCAAACUGGUCAGGCUCCGCACUGUCUAUUUCUCCUUCGAAAGUUGUCAUGGAUUUUUGUAAGACACAGUGAAUGAUCCUGCUCUUGGCAGAAAAUCAGUUGAUCACUUGAA